CACCUCAUGACCCUGGCAUCUAGGGCUGACGGGCCAGUGGUGGCUUUGGGGGCAGGGAUUGGCGGCGCUAGCUCUGGGACCUGGCCAGCACACUGUCGCAUCGCAAGACGGCGAAUGAAAAAGAUGAUGGGAGGACAACCUCUUGCAUUGCGGAAGAGCCAAGUGGCUCGCAAGUGCGCCUGAGUGCAGCAAAUCCCUGGUUUUGCAUGUGGCAGGCAGCCUGGACAAUCAAUGACUGCAAAAUCAGGCUGGACUGGCGCGGCGCUACGCUACGCUACGCUACGCUACGGCUGGGGUUCAGGGUCCAGGAUCGAGAUGGAUGCGCCACAACAUCAGGCUGGCGGCAAGCGAUGCAGAGAUGGACGAGCCCAGCUGGCCGAAAGUUGGAGGCAAACACGUCGGGGAAUAUAGCGUUGGCGUCUCGGUUCGAGGCGGGGAGGUUGGCUGGCGCGAUGAAUUGGCGAAUCUCACGUAAUAUCCAGACGAUGCAUGCAGUGACAUGCAGGCAGGUCACAUUCGCGUUUACGACCAGCCGGUUUUGGGGGAUGCGGGGAGAUGCAGCUGAACAACACGUCUUGAGACGAUGUACGGAGUACUGCUUGGGGAAUUGGCCAAUGUCCAAUUUGAUUGCCUGGAGUGGGUGCCGGUUUAUCUUGUGAAAUUCCUGUCUCAUGUCAGCCGCCGUCUCGGAUGAUAGUCGUGGCAUCAGGCACAAGAGCU